UCAUUAUCAUUUCAAUACCCUCACCGACCAUCAGCAGCAGCAGCGGCAGGGGAGAGCGAGCAGAGCUAUCAGUUGCAGCAGGAGGCAGCUUUCCUAUUCCUGAGCAAUAGCUGCUGCUGCCUACAGAACAGCCCGGGCAUUGUGUGCUGCUGCCUCAUAUAUACUGCACGUCUGACUCCUGCAUCCACCCCUGGCGUGUAUGUGACAUCUAAUAUCUAUCAGCAGGAGAGGGAAGGAGAGCUGCAUAGAGCAGAGCCAGGACCAGCAUAUACAGUUUUGAUCCUCUGUUAAGAUGAUGUACCGGGGAAGCCAGACUGUGGGCACGUGUGUGGAAAAGCCCACUGUAACUGCUGAGGACAUUGGGGCAGACCGUGUCAUGACUGAUGACAUCUUUGACACCACAUAUUGUGAGAAGAAAGGCCCCAAACCUCCGAUGAGAAUAGUGUGGAGAAAUGUCAUACUGAUGUCACUGCUACAUAUAGGAGCGUUGUACGGGGUUUUGGUUCUACCAUUGGCAAAGCCUGCUACCUUGGUUUUUGCUGUUGUGUGUUUCAUGCUGAGUGCCCUGGGAGUGACCGCUGGUGCCCACCGUCUCUGGAGCCAUCGAUCUUAUAAAGCCAAGUUGCCCCUGAGGAUAUUUUUGGCCGUGGCAAAUACAAUGGCAUUUCAGAAUGAUAUAUAUGAGUGGGCCAGAGACCAUCGUGCACAUCACAAAUACUCAGAAACGGAUGCAGACCCUCAUAAUGCAAUGAGAGGAUUCUUCUUUUCCCACAUCGGUUGGCUUCUUCUGCGGAAACACCCAGAUGUGAUAGAAAAAGGCAAAAAACUUGAUUUAAGUGAUCUCCACGCAGAUAAAGUGGUGAUGUUCCAGAGAAGGCACUAUAAGAAGUUGAUCCUGCUGAUGUGCUUCAUUGUCCCCACUGUGAUUCCAUGUUACUUCUGGGACGAAUCCUUCUCUGUUGCAUUCUAUGUACCCUGUAUAUUGCGCUAUGCAUUAGUACUCAAUGCAACGUGGCUGGUAAACAGUGCAGCUCAUAUGUUUGGAAACCGACCAUAUGACAAGAACAUCAACCCCAGAGAGAACAGAUUUGUCGCCAUUGGAGCAAUUGGUGAAGGCUUUCAUAAUUAUCAUCACACUUUCCCUUAUGACUAUUCUAGCAGUGAGUUUGGAAUCCGGUACAAUCUCACAACAUGCUUUAUAGAUCUAAUGGGCUAUUUGGGACUCGCCAGUGACUGCAAGAAAGUCUCCAAAGAGACUGUAAUGGCCCGACGAAUGCGCACUGGAGAUGGAAGCCACAGGAGUGGCUGAAAGAAAUUGUAACAAAAAAAGGAUGACAUUUCCUAUUAUAUUUAACAUACCAACAAAAAAAAUAUAGCGCAAUGCUAAAUAUGAUUACUUUAACAUGAUCCAGUGUUCUUUUAAUUAUGUACUUAAAGUAAUUAUAACUGAGUUUUUAUAAUUCAGGUCAUCUCUUCUAUUUCUUUCCUAGAUAUCUUGUUCCUUUAGACUCUCGUAUGUUUUGUUGUAUGUUUUUGUUUUGUAUUUAUAUUGUGAUAUUUUUAUUUUAUUUUAUGUUUUUAUUACUCCAAUCCUUUAUUUUCUCACUUGCAGUUGGUGUAAAUUCUUGGCCUAAAUUCACACGCUCUCUACCUGCUGUAAAUUGCAUCUUAAGCACUGACCACAACUCCAGCUCUCUCCUCAUUUAUCUCAUUGACUGCUCUCAGGCUCUGCAAAAAGAAUGAAAUCCAAUAAGCGGACAACUUACAAGUGCCAUUUUUAACAAUUUGUACAUAAGGGGGAAAACAAGCUAGAUGAGUUUUGUAUCUAUUUGAUUUACUUAUUACUUGUACAAACAGAGUUGUUUUAUUUAGACAGUUUCUUUGCUGUCUUGCAACUUUGACGUACCGGUUGUGCUCCUACUGAAUCCAGAGCGGGUACAGUUGUGGGUUGCAGACCUUAUAACACAAUAAAUGCUUUAUGUGAGUUGUGGCAGUAUAGAUAGUAAAGGUUGCUUAGACUCCUAGUUCUUCCGCCGUCACUUCCAUUCGUAAAAUUAAACUGGAAAUGUACUAUACAGAGGUAGAGGAUAUAUUUGUGUUUUAGUUGGCUUCCUCGGUAGAACUAUGCUUUCUCAUAUGGAUACUACGGGGCUGCUAAAAAAUGAAUCUGAAAUUUUAUGUUAGCUCAUGGUUAUGUCCUCUAACCACCUGCAACUGUAGACCUGACCUGUUGCCUUUCAGCCAUUGCAAUAUUUUUGAGCAUGGUACAUAUUUUGGUUUAAUGUUUUGUUAAAUGCCACAAGUAGUCAACACUGAGCGAAAGUGUAUAGUGGUAGAGUAGCAUGACUAGUACAUGUUUAGCUCCAGAAGAGUUUCAUACAUAGAAUGUUAAUAGUAUGCUACAUUUUAAUUCCAUUUCAUUACCCUUCUGCGGUGACUUGGUGAUCAGGUUGUUUUGUUCUAUACCUUGAUGUAUGUUCCUGAUUGGCAUUGCCAACCAGAUUAUUGUGUUUGUGUAGCAUUUAGUGCAUAGAGGGGCAUGGCUUUGUAAUCCCCUCAUUUUGUACAAUACCAUUUUUUUUUUUUUUGUUAGAAUAAGAUGUUUGGCAUAUUUAUAGCCUACAUUUCGGUAGCAGUUUAAGUUGUUUGGAUAUAAAAAUGGAUUGUUUACCGGUACUAAUGAUACUUGUAGUAUUUAUCAUUAUUUUUCCAUGCUAGACAAAGAUUUGCUUUAGUGUAGGAAAAUACACUAUCGUGUUCAUUUUACAAACAAAGCACUUAAAAGUGCCAAAAGAACAGUGGUGCAGUCUCGCAUAGGUUUGUGUCAUGAAAUAUAUUUCAACUAGAACAUUUUCUGCAACAACAUGAUAUUUUUUGUAAAAACAUAAUUAGCAGGUUAUUAGUCUUGUGAGUACAUUACGGAUUCAAUGUGCUGGGUAGCCAUUACUGGGUAGCUUUUAGGACUGCAGACAAGUGAAAGCUGUUGCAUUAGUUGUUGCAACAGAGAGACAUAAAACGAGCAUGCUUUUUGAAUGAUCUGAUUAAAUAAGCAGCACAUAGAGACAUAUGUCAACAUCUGAAAACUGUAGCAUGUGCAUUUAAAAGCUUAAAGAACAUAGCAAAAAUCCAAAGGAGAGAUUGCUGGAACAUGGAUUCGCAGAAACACAUCCUUCCACAUAUACUAGUUCCAGUCAUGCAGUAUAUUCAUUACUGGCAUCCAAAACAGCAUCUUGUAUGUAUGUUGACAUUAUAUUAAUUAUAUAUAUAUAUAUAUAUAUAUAUAUAUAACGUUUAGCUAAUUAAUGUUUGUAAAUCCAAGUGACAUCAAGUAUAAUCUUAAGGUGGGUACACGCGGGUCCAAUACCGAUAUAUUGGCGCGUCACUGUGUGUGUACGGGCGGUCGGCCGAUCGCCCAUACACAUGCUGCGGCGGCUGGCAGUGAUUGACAGCUGAAAUGGGCACGCCCGCCCAGUUCAUGACGUCAGUCCCCGACGGAUCGGACAGUGUGUAUGCUCAACACACUGCCUGAUCCGUCUAUAGAUAUAUCUGCCGAUCAGUUGAUCGGCAGAUAUAUCUACCAGUGUGUACACACCUUUAGUCUUAUAAUUACAGUAUUUGAGUCCUCAUUUUCAAGGAUUACAGCCUUGAAACAUAAUGUAUUUCUAAUUUGUAGCAAUACCAAGUGUCAUUCAGUAGUAUCUUUGGCAUCUGUUAUGUUGCUUAGUUGUUGCAAACAAAUUCCAAGGAUAAGAUUCCUUUAUUCCCAUUUUUUGCAGGGAAAUUACAGUUGUGUAUAUUUAUACCCAUCUAUCUUGGUUGGUUUUUUAGAUAUCCCCUGCAAAUCUGCAGUUUCACCCAUUUGGUAGUUGGUUCUGUAUCCCUAAAUCCAAUCUCACGUUGCACUUUUUCCUAUCUAAAACUUCACUUUGUACCCUUUUAAAGAAAACCAAAUAUUUGAGUGACGGAAGAUUAGAUUUAGGGUCUGAAGUUUUGUUUUUUUAUAUAAAUAAACCUUUCCUAGCAAAUAAAUUGUUGCGGUUAAAAGAAAACUGCAGUACUAUUUGCAUUGCCUUUAUUCUGUGAAAUUAAUUAUACAUAGAAUACGUUUGUAAAAAGAUCUAGCCAAACUGAAUUGGACUUGCACUAGGCUCGCAUAGAUGUAGUUGGAUGCAUUGGUUAUUUACCAAAGUGUACAUCCCAUGAACUUUUCUAGAUGCAUUGCACAUAUUUGAACAUAAGCACUUAGGCAUAAAGCACUUAAUGCUAAAAUAUUAACUUAAAAUCAUCCUAAAGUGAAUGUCCACCUGUAAAAAUAACUAUCUCAAUACUGUCCCCCAACUCAUGUUCUUCUACUGACUUAAAUAUUUAAUAAUUUACAUUGAUUAAUUAAAACGUGCUUCCAAUUAUAUUCAAGCACAGUACAGUUAGCACUGGCAGACCACCCUGCCAACUGUCCCUCUCUUUCUUCCAUACUAGUUUUAGGACGUCCAACAGACCCCUCAUUGUUGACUGGCCUCCCAUGCUGACCCAUAACUGUUACAGCGUAGUAUAGGAGGAGGGCCAGUAGCAGCACUCUGGACAAUGGUUAGGAUUUAAUUACUAUAAAUUCUGAAAUAUUUUUUGCUAAUAAAGUGGAGAUGUUUUGUUUUUAAAGGUGGCCAUCUCCCUAGGCUGUAGAAACUUUACAACUGUUUAACCCAUCUCAACUGUAAAGGUUGAGAUGGGUUAAACCUAAAGGGAUCUUCAAAUUUCAUACUGUAACCUGGAAUUAUAGAAAGUCUCUGGUGAAUAGUAUAUAAAGAAUUGAUAUGAAGACUCGCUCUGUGUUGAGCAAGUUGUAAUCGUACAGUUUGUGUGCGCCUUUAGGAAAUCUAAUUUUCUUUCUUGCUGGUGGUAUGCUAGUUAGCUGUAGAUUAGUCUUAGGAAAUUGUCAUUUCAUCUGCUGUUUAUUGUGUAUCUGUCACUGCCUACAAACAUUGGAGACAGUCGUAAUGAGUAGGGUGCAUUUCCAUGAAUUCUGGUAAUGCCUUCUAUUUAGGAUACAGGUGCGCUAUAAACAUAUAAUAUACCUGGCAGACUGCCCUCAGGUGAGGUAUUCCACUGGCCAAAAUGUGGAGAUCUACAAAUUGCUCAUUUCUCUGUUACUGAGUACAUGCAAAGACAUUGUGUGGCGUGAACUUCACUGUACUUUCAAUAAAUUCUAUAGUUCUGUGUUUGAGGUGCCUUCUCUGCAAUGCCACAUUCAUCAUUUGCUAGUGUAUAUAUCUACUAUAGCAAAGUCAAUGUGGUCUUUCAGUAGAGUUGAUGGAAGAUUAUUUGUGUGUGUAUGUUAGGCUUAAAGCGGUGUUUCUCAGCUCUGGUCAGCAGAUGAGAAUUUCCUGAUAUUUCUCAUUGUGUUAUCUGAAUAACAGCUUUAACAUUGAUAUAUAAUGCUUUGGUUAUCAUGUUUCCUGUGUCAUUGUAGCAACACUAACAUUAAUAUGUACACUUGUGCUAUGCUGUCAAAAUACGACAUGCUUUCAAUUCCAAAUAAGCUGCUAAGUCCCUGCUUUAGGCUGUUGGAUGUCCCGUUUAGACCCUAGCCCCAGUUGUGACAAGAGGAAGCUUGCAGGAACAGAGUACCUGGGCCUUUACCUCUCUGAGGCCCAGGAGGCGUAACCAUGUCUUCAAGAUAGCACGGCCACUUCCCCAAAAUCUCCUCCCUGCGCACAGCUCCACAUCUGCAUAGGGUCUCUGAAGGGGAGUUACCAUAACCCAUCCAGUGGCCAUCCUCCUUACCACUAGGGUCCAGCACAGCUCUUGACAGCUCUGCCUAUUCCAGCAAUAUUUUCAUGAACAAGUUGGGUUGUCUUCUGUACAAUUUUUGUACAUUUGGAGUCCUUUAAACAUAUAUUUAAAAAAAAAAGAACAACCUUCCCAGAUAUUAUGUGAAAUUACUAUCAAGAAAGGGAAGUCAAUAAUACAUAAUACUGAGGACCUUUCAGGGACUUUUUUGUUGAGACAGCAUGGACAAAUUACUUUUAAAAUAGGGAGUUAAUUAAGACAACUGCUUUUCAUAUAUAUGGUGAAAACAAACUAGCGAGAAUUUGUUUUCUCAUUAACAAUCAUUACAGUGUAGUAUAUUGUCUUGUGAUUUUGUUAAAGAAACAAUUGUAGAAGUCUUGUCUAACUUUCUCGGUUUUGAAAAACUGAAUGAAAUUGUGGGAGCUGACAGCCAGUGAGCAAUUUUGGAAACGUAAACCUUUUUCUGAGAUACACACUAGGGGACAAGAAUUUAAAAUGACUCCCUCAUAAAAGUGACAUUAAAAUGUGAAGUUAACUGUAUGUAUACUGUUCCAACAAAACUGUUUAAAUGAGUGCUAGAACAUAAUGUUUUCUAUUAAUAAAAACUGUUAAGACAA